UUCUCAUCAGUUGUGGUAGCGUUGCUUACCUACAACCGUUCCGAACAUGGACAGCUCGGACAGCCAAACAGACGAUUUGUUUAUGCCUGAGUUUUUGAAUGAGACUUUUUGUAAUGUAAAUGAUGAGGGACUUGUGCAGGCGACAGUGGAAGUACUCAAGACUGGUCGUCUAACGCCUCUCAUUAAGGAAGAACUAAAAUGUACCAUCCAAACCAGGCGGUUGUCAGAAGGCAAGGACGAGUUACAGGUGGAAUUCAACAGCCCCGAAAAAACAUCUUUACGUCCUGAGGAAGUUGAGCGCCAACAUCGGCGGAGGGAGCAGAACCGACGCGCCGCCAUGAAGUUCCGCCAAAAGAAAAAGGACCGAACAGAAAUCCUUUUACGGGAGACUCAGAAGCUUCAGAACGCCAACACGACUCUUCGCGACGAGAUAGACCGACUAGUGAGAGAGCGCAACCACCUCACGGAGGUUCUCAGUGCCCACCAGCCUAGGUGUAGCCUUGGACUCGCCACUGUCAUUUUCCACGAACCUCCCUGAGCACGCUCGGAUCUCCUCGGUGGUUUCCGCUCAGACUCGGGAGUUCCCGGAAACGUCCGAGGAGAUCCUAACCUAUGCGUUCUCUCAUGUUCCAUCUUGUUCAUCUAGUCAUUUGUGAUCAUUUCCAUUGCUUGUUUCCGUUGCUCAAGAGGACCAAUGUUUGCUGCAGACCGCUGGACGACACAAGCUUCCGCUGUUUCUAUCAGUUCUGUUAUCAAAUAAUUUAUGCACAAAUGUGCUCAAAAUGGCAGCAAAUAUAGAAUUAAACGAUUAUUUACAAAAUAUGAAAAA